AUGUUUUGUUGUAAGGUUCUGUUGAGUUGGGUUAUUCUUGUUACCUCUGUAACAUUUAUCCGAGGCAACCAGAUAAAGGUCUGUCAAAUAAUAACGAAACAGCUAGGCGAUAAUGUGAACUUGUCCGCUUACGCCCCCCAGCUGCCUAAUUUGGCCGGAAAAUGGUGGGAGAUGAGUAGGAAUGUGUACGGAGAUGACGUCAAGGUCACGAGGGAUGUGACGUCAUUGUUUAUUUUUCUGGCCAAUAACAAUCGAUCGGUAAAGCGAGUUAUAAUGGCCGUCGAAGUGGGCUGCUCGCUGACAUUACAAAUAAAAUCAUACAACCACAUUAAAAUUACAUUAACACUCUUACAAAAUGGGAUCAUUUAUGGUACUAAACAGAAACUCAGUUCCGACCCUGCAUUCGAUCCCAUGACGGUCGAGACGAAACUGGCAUGGCCGAGCGGUAGCGCACUUGCCACUGAUAAAAAUAAUAAUAAUGACGCUGUUAAUGUUACGUGUGUGUAUCGUUUGAGUGAAGACGACUGCGAAAGCUAUAAGGAUUCUAUGACCGAGUUCAUUCACUUCAAUAAUAAAUUCGGAGAUAUAAUAGCGUCAGCCAAUUCAUCAAAGCUGGACAGAUAUCAUCAUCAUCAUUGCCAGCAAAGACACCAGACCAAAGAUAAAAUAAACUGCAAAGUACAGAAAGCCAAAGAUGGUAAAAAAUACCGAUGCGAAUGUACCGUAUAUGUCGGUAUUCCGAACUCAAUAACGAGAACCGAUGUUACCGACGAUUCGAAUGAUAAUAUCGCAUGUCUUCCUUUCUUAGUGAUCGUCAUACUGCUGAAGAUGGUGGUUCUCGCACCAGGAGCCUUCUGA